UAUUUUACUGCACCGGAAGUAAACAGACAGAGGGCGCUUCAAAAAAGAAAACACUAGUUGCUUGCAUCAAACUUGUCUGCAGUUUGAAGUGGAUAUUACUGGUUUAAUAAGCAUUAAGGCAAUGUCUGCUAGUAAACCUACUUCUGCAGAGACGUCAGGUAGCGUUUCAACGGAUGACAGUAAAAAAAGGUCCAGCCCCAUGGAAGACGAUCUGUCAGAAAAUGGUGAAAAGAGAAAAGGGAAUAAAAGAAAAAGAGCGAGGUUGGAGACAAAGGAAGGAGAGACAGCAGAAGCUAUACGGAUUUCUGAUGAAGAGGAGGAUGCUUCAGAUAUGGAUAAAAAGGAUAAACCAGUCAAAUCUGAAGUGAAGGAAGAAGUUGAUAGUGAUGAAGACCCAACUAGUAGCUUAAAGUGUGAUCCUACUGGUCUGGAAGGGGCUGCCUUUCAGAGUAGGAUGCCAUUUGACAAGAUGACAUCACAGGAAGCAGCCUGCUUUAAGGACAUCCUCCAAGGGGGACCCCAUGCACUGAAAGUCUUCUUGUACAUCAGAAAUAGAAUUUUGCAACUGUGGAUCGAAAACCCCAAACAACAGCUAACAUUUGAAAACGCUUUACCACAAAUUGAGGCACCAUUCAAUAGUGAUGGACCACUUGUUAUGAGAGUUCAUUCCUAUUUGGAUAGAUUUGGAUUUAUUAACUUUGGAGUCUUCAAGAGGUUAAAACCAUUGCCAGCAAAGAAGCAUGGGCGUGUGAUCAUCAUCGGUGCAGGGAUAGCCGGCCUAAUUGCUGCCCGACAGUUGACCGCCUUUGGCAUGGACUGUGUCAUUGUUGAGGCUAGGGACAGGGUGGGUGGAAGAAUUGCCACAUUCCGCAAGGGCAACUAUGUGGCAGAUCUUGGGGCCAUGGUUGUGACAGGCUUGGGUGGUAACCCGAUGACGGUGGUGAGCCGCCAGGUGAAUAUGGAGCUACACAAGAUCAAGCAGAAAUGUCCACUCUAUGAGACCAACGGCAGCACUGUGCCCAAGGAGAAGGACGAGAUGGUGGAGCGUGAGUUCAACAGGCUUCUGGAGGCCACCUCGUACCUUUCACACCAAAUGGACUUCAACUAUGUCAACGGGAAACCGGCCUCCCUGGGUUGUGCACUUGAGGCUGUAAUCAAACUGCAGGAGAAGCAUGUAAAGGAGAAGCAGAUAGAGCACCAGAAGAGCAUCAUUGAACUGCAGGAGAAACUCAAGAAGAACCUCCAACAGUGUUUGACUCUGAAGGACCGUAUAGAGGAGUUACAUCGUCAGUGGAGGGAGGCGUCUGAGGUUAAACCUCCCCGGGACAUCACCGCAGAGUUCCUCAUCAAGAGCAAGCUACGAGACCUCAAGGUUGCCUGCAAGGAGAAUGAUCAGCUCCUUGAGCAGCAGAAGGAGAUAGAGGAGAAGAUCUCAGAGCUCGAGUCCAACCCACCCAGUGAUGUGUAUUUGUCGUCUCGGGACCGUCAGAUUCUGGACUGGCACUUUGCCAACCUGGAGUUUGCCAAUGCCACGCCCCUCUCCCUGCUCUCCCUGAAACACUGGGACCAGGAUGACGACUUUGAGUUCUCAGGCAGCCAUCUUACUGUACGCAAUGGAUAUUCCUGUGUACCGGUGGCGUUGGCUGAGGGCCUGGACAUCAAGUUGAACACUGCUGUGAGGCAGAUCAAAUGCACAACAUCAGGUGUGGAGGUGGUGACAAGCAAUGCUAAGAACAACAGUAGUCAACAGACCCUGAAGGGUGACGCAGUGUUGUGUACGCUACCAUUGGGGGUAAUGAAGGAGUGUGUGAGGGGAGGGGGCAUCAACAGUGUGCAGUUCACCCCACCCCUGCCUGAGUGGAAGUCAGCUGCCAUUCAGAGGAUGGGCUUUGGAAAUCUCAACAAGGUGGUGUUGUGUUUCGACCGAAUCUUCUGGGACCCGAAUGCCAACCUGUUUGGUCAUGUUGGCAGCACCACGGCCAGUCGAGGGGAACUCUUCCUCUUCUGGAACCUGUACAAGGCUCCAGUGUUAUUAGCGCUGGUUGCCGGCGAAGCUGCUGCCAUUAUGGAGAAUGUCAGUGACGAUGUGAUUGUGGGGCGCUGUAUCGCAGUCCUAAAGGGAAUCUUUGGAAACAAUGUUGUCCCACAGCCCAAGGAGACCCUGGUGACGAGAUGGCGUGCAGACCCCUGGGCCAGGGGAUCAUACUCAUUUGUAGCCGCAGGCUCCUCAGGUAAUGACUAUGACCUGAUGGCAACACCCAUCUCCCCCCAGCAAGGCGCCAUGCCUCGACUGUUUUUUGCGGGAGAGCACACUAUCAGGAACUACCCGGCCACUGUGCAUGGAGCCCUACUGAGUGCCCUCAGGGAGUCAGGCCGCAUUGCUGACCAGUUCCUGGGCGCUCCGUACGCACUCCCUAACAGACAGCCUUCAACAACAGCCACAUGAUCAUGUGUGGGGUAGAUUGUGAACUUGCAACCAGUAUUAUUUGGUAGUUCUUCAAGUGUAGUGCAGGAGAUGGACAGAAGCUGUAUGAAUUGAAUCGUACCACUAAAAAAUGUAGUGCAGAUACUUUUUUAUCCCCACCUCUACAUACCACUUAAUGUUGUUGUCAGGUUUUCACUUUCCUGUAGAAAGUUAUUUUGACAGCACAAUGGAAUUUGGAAAUGUGGAAAAGGCGAAAAAAACUAGGCAGUUUUUACAGUGGAUUUGAGUGAGGAAAUGUGUGUUCUACUAGUGGUUGGUAGAGCCAUAUGAAUAGAUCUUUGUAAGAUUUGUUACUGUGUUCACACUUUUGUUUUGAACUAUUACUUAUAAGUGCUUUUUGUUUAAGAUGAAACGAGUUUUGAUAAUUGCUUAAAAAUAAACAUUUGAAACACA